GGUGGUGAAUUAUUUCACUUUACUUUACUGUAAUAAAAUGUCUUCAAAAUAAUAACUCCAAAAUGUGAUUUGAAAUAUCGAUCAUCCGCAGUAAGCAAAGUCUCACAAAGGAACUUAAGUACCAUGUUUAGGUGCCAUAAACAAUUCUAUAAGAUAAUUUUAAACAGAGAACGUCACAUCCUUUCAUUCUGAUUUUGCCCGGAAAUGCCUCAGUAUGUGUGAAAAGUUGUUACGUCGGUAUAAACUCUGGCUUCUGUAGAAGAAGGCAUGAGGGUGCUCAACUUUUUAGCUGUAAAACAGUGCGAAAUAAGACGCUGCUUGCUAGUAUCGAAAGGGUGAGCAGCUUGGCUACCGGCCUAAAUCGCGGUAAACAUACCUAUAGAGCCAGAAUGAGGAAGCACACCUUCAUAAAAUCCCAGUGGCAGUGAGACACGCGACUUGAUUAGUGAACUUGAUAUUUUACGAGGAAAAGUUGUCAAAUCCACUGAAUUACGAUUGUGCCAAAAAGUUUCCGACCAAAUGGCCUUCAAUAGAUAAGAAGAGUGUCGAGAAAGUUUUUGAAGUGUUUUUUUUUCUCCACUCACAGCGGCAUAUGGAAAAUUAUGAUUUGCUAAAUGCUCAUUAUUUAAUUAUUCAUUGGAACUGGUUACUAUAACAGUUUGCUGAUAUCUUUCCUAUUCCAGGGCUUGUCGUGAAAAGGAAGUCGAAAAUAAAGAAGCAGCAAUGUUCUCACUGUGCUGUGCCUCUUACCGCUGCUGGCUGCUGAUGGCAGUACUCAAACAGCAGGCGCAAGCGAGACAACGCAGCAGCCUCCCUGCCUAGUUCUGCUCUCGAGAAUGCCUUGGACCGACGACGCGACCAAUCACUUGGAGUGUUUCAGGCGUCUGGGAUUUGCUAUCGGCGUACACGGGUACGCUUGUUGUGGGUAGUGCAAUUAGUGGCAGAAUAUUCACGUUCGAAAUGGGUUUUCGUCCGCAGUACAUCAUUCCGGCUGUGGCACUGCUGGUCAGCUGUGUGAGUGCUGGAGGCCCGGCUGCUUAUUCGAUUGCCGCACCCAGCCUGGACUACCACUCGGUUGGUUCCAGCCAGGAGCACACCGUCAAGGGACUGUACGGACAGAACGUCCUCUCGCAGUACUCUAAGGCUGUCGAUUCUGCACACUCGACCGUUCGUGUGGCGAGUUCCCGCCUGAGCAACGACGGAUACGCCUACGGGCCACAUUACGCCGCUGCCGCUUAUCCAGCCGCUGCUCACUAUGCAGCUCCCGCCGUCGCUGCAGCUGUCCACUAUGGAGCUCCAGCUGCCGCAUAUCCUGCCUACGGACACGCUCUGGCCGCACCGGUUGUUAAAGCUGCUUACCCAGCCUAUGGACACGCUCUGGCCGCUCCGCUAGGCUAUAGAGCCCCUAUCGCUGCUGCCCCGUUAGCUCAUCCUGGUGCUGUUGUGUCCUUCCACGGUCUUGGAGCACAGUAUGCCUGGUAAUCAGCUACUGGAUGUUGGACUUGGUCAGUUCGUACCUAAAAUCGAUAUUUACGAUGAAUCGCCCUUCUCACCGGCUUUACUCUACCGAAUCUACGAAUCUACACCGGCAUCGAUUUACUAGAAGUUAAGGUCACGGCAGUCAAGGAAGAAUGUAUCCGUUUGUGUUUCUAGUAUAGCAAGCGUAGCUUUAAUUUUGCAGCACCUGGAAUAACUGCAAGAACUGAGAUUUUAUCAUUAAAUACGUAGCUUUUCCCUACUUCUAUAAGCCCUCGGAAUGAUUUGUUUCCGGCAGCAAGGAGGACCCUAAGAUCCAGUCACUCCUUUUCUUCUUUAACUCCACCACUAUCCCGUGUAAAAAGUCUAUACUUUAGAGAAGAAUUGCAAAGACCCGUCGAAAGAAUAAACCAAUGACAAGAAAAAAUGUGAAUAAAAAAGUCCGCAAGAGAAAGACCAAUAAAUUUUAUUCCAUUCCA